UUUCCCCUCAUUUUCUUGGACUGUUUCUGUUUGUUUCUUCAGAAAAAAGGAAUCCCAGAUUAUUUCCCCUUUGAUUGUACAUAUACAAAAUGUCUGUGAAGAAGGUUACAUGGAAGUCUCUGAUGUUAAGCUGUUGCACCAGCAGCAACUCGUCUGAUGAUUCUGGGAAAAAGACUUUGAAACCAAUUCAGUUCCAAAGAUUAUCACUGUCUGAUGUGAGUGAUCCGAGCUCACCGAUCUGUGUUGAUGAUCUCUCGACGUCUCUCCUCGGUUCGAAUCUCAACGUCUUCACUCUAGCCGAGCUGAGGCUAAUAACCCAUAAUUUCACACGGUGUAACCUGCUCGGAGAAGGCGGGUUCGGACCGGUUUACAAGGGGUUCGUCGAUGGCAAGCUUCGGCCCGGGUUAAAGGCUCAGCCUGUGGCUGUUAAGGCACUUGACUUGGAUGGCCUGCAAGGUCAUAGGGAAUGGCUGGCUGAAAUCAUCUUUCUGGGACAAUUGAGGCACCCUCAUUUGGUAAAGUUGAUCGGAUAUUGUUACGAAGACGAGAACCGGCUCCUCGUGUACGAGUACUUACCGAGGGGCAGCUUAGAGAAUCAACUCUUUAGAAGGUAUUCGGCUACGUUGCCGUGGUCGAUAAGGAUGAAAAUCGCUUUAGGAGCAGCAAACGGCUUAGCCUUCCUACACGAAGCCGAUAAACCGGUGAUAUAUAGGGACUUUAAAUCUUCAAACAUCUUAUUAGACUCUGAUUACAAUUGUAAGCUGUCUGAUUUCGGGUUAGCGAAAGACGGUCCAGCAGGAGGAGAGACGCACGUAACGACUCGAGUGAUGGGCACGCAAGGAUAUGCUGCACCGGAGUAUAUCAUGACCGGCCACUUGACAACAAUGAGUGAUGUUUACAGCUUUGGAGUAGUUCUCUUGGAGCUAUUAACCGGAAAGCGAUCGAUGGAUAACACCCGCCCAAGUCGGGAACAGAGCCUCGUGGAAUGGACAAGGCCACUUUUGAGGGACCCCAAGAGGCUCGACCGGGUAGUCGACCCUAGACUCGAGGGACAGUUUUCCAACAGGGGGGCUCAGAAGGUGGCUGCAUUGGCUUACAAAUGCUUGAGUCACCACCCGAAACCGAGGCCUACGAUGGGCGAUGUGGUCCAGGUCUUGGAAUCCAUACAAGGGUUCGACGAUGAAUUCGUUGGACCGUUUGUGUAUGUAGUUCCUAGUGAAACUGAUGACAGCAAGGAAUUCCUUGCAAAGAAAGACGAUAAAAAUCGCAACGAUGAAAACAGACACGAUUCACUUCGUCGUGGUUGGCGAAAUCGGAUCAAGUUGCCGCUUUCCUCAGUAGCUAAUGCCGAAUCUCCACUUAGCAUAAAACUAUAAGAGAAUUUACAUAUCCAAUACAUAUUCAGGUUGUAAAUAUUGUCAAGGAAACAACUGGAGGAAGAAAACACUAGCAUAAAAGCUGAGUUGAAACAGCAUACAUUC